AUGGCGGAAAUGGGAGAACCAAUCCUGUCGGCCUUUUUCAAGGAACUCAAUGAUGUGGCUUACGAUGCGGAAGACACAUUGGAGGAGUAUGCAGUCUAUGUUAAAGAAUACCAGGUGCGCCGCUCCAUCUCCCCUGAAAUGAAAAAUGAGAUAAAAUCUAAGAUAAAGAAGAUCAAAGAAAGGCUACAGAAACUCAAAAGGCGAAUAAGUGUACUAGGAUUGAAAAGGGUCUAUGUAGAAGGGACUAUGAGCAAUGAAAUCAUAAAGAGGCCUUCAACAAGUUCCAUUUUGGAUGAAUCUUGCUUUUUUGGUCGAGAGACUGAUAAGAACAAUAUAAUUACCAAACUGUUGACUUGGGGUGGUCUAGGUGCUGAAAAAAAUUAUGGAGUGAUUCCCAUAGUUGGUAUGGGUGGGCUGGGCAAAACUGCGCUUGCUCAAUCUGUAUACAAUGAUGAAAAAGUAAAGGGACAUUUCGACCUCAAAGCAUGGGUCUGUGUCUCAGAAAAAGUUGAUACUGCCAAGAUAACAAAAGCUAUUCUUGAAUCUGCCACCACGAAUGUUGUUCCACUCACCGACCUAGAUCCACUCCAAUGCAAUCUUACAGAGAGGUUGCACAGGAAGAAAUUUUUAAUUGUUCUGGAUGAUGUUUGGAACGAGAAAUUGGAGGACUGGGAACAACUACGAAAACCAUUUCAGUCUGGGGAAAAAGGAAGUAGAGUGAUAGUCACCACUCGAAGUAAAAAAGUUUCAUCAAUCAUGGGUACCCUUCCUGCCCACCGUCUAGGUGGCUUAGAAGAUGAUUGGUGCUGGUCAAUACUGAGGCACCAGGCAUCUGUAGAUGAUGUUGUCUUGGAAACAAAUCCAAAAAUAGAAAAAAUUGGCAGAAAAAUUGUUGAAAAAUGUAAGGGUGUGCCUCUUGCAGUAAAGACUCUGGGAGGCUUCUUGCAUUCUAAAACUAAAGAGCAGGAGUGGGAGAAUGUGUUGACUAGUGAAAUAUGGGAACUAGAAGAUACGGAUGGUAUAGUGCCAUCUCUGAGAUUGAGUUACCAACGUCUCCCGGCGCAUCUGAAGCGCUGCUUCUCUUAUUGCUCCAUUUUCCCCAAAGAUUACAUAUUUAGUAAGGAGGAGGAGUUAGUUCUUUUAUGGAUGGGGGAAGGAUUUAUACAUCCCGAGGGGAAUAAGCAAAUUGAAGCCAUAGGAAGUGAGUAUUUUGAAGAGCUAUGUUUCAGGUCAUUUUUCAAUCCAAUAAGUCAAUACGGUAGAGGAUUUGUGAUGCAUGACCUUACUCAUGAUUUAGCACAAUUUAUUUCAAAGGAUAUAUGCUUUUUAUUAACAGAAGCGUUCAUUAAUCAAGGUGAUAACUCGUCCAGGUAUACAAAUAAUAUAAAAGCUCGUCAUUUGUCAUUAUUUCAUACAAGGACAAUAGAUGAUAAUGCCUUGGACCAAUUAAUCAAGAGUAAGAGUAGUUCACGUACAUUUCUGUUGUUUGGUUAUAUAAGUUUCAGUCAGUACGAAUACAAUAUUCGUAUUCCAAGCCUUGUAGCAAAGCUUGAUAAUUUAUUCGAUACAUGGAGUUGCUUACGUGUGUUGAACUUGCGCUAUCUUGACCUGGAACACAAUGGGUUGCCAGAAUCUAUUGGUAACUUAAAACUACUAACAUACCUCGACCUAUCCUAUACUAAGAUUAUAAGGCUACCAGAAUCAGUUUGUAGCCUCUACCAUUUACAAACAUUGCUACUUGAGGGAUUGAAUGAUUAUAUGAAGGAGUUACCUGAAAAUAUAAGCAGCAGCCUUGUUAAACUUCGACUUGUGAAGAUUGAUAAGUACAAGUGUAGAAUUCAGGUUGAAGAUGAUCGGAAGUUAUACGGUAAGUGCGUCGGGCUAGUGCAUCUUAUCGUGUCAGGGUUAGAGAAUUUUGCCAUUGUCAACGACAUCCCAAAUUCCAUUUUCAAUAACAACAAUCAAGUCUUUUCCAAGUUAGCAUUUGAAUGGGAUAACAUCAACAAUAUUGGUGUUGGAGAGAGAGCAGCAGCUAUGGCCCAACAAGUAAUUGAGCGUCUUCGUCCACCAAGAAUUGAUAAUAAGAGACUUGAACUCACAAUCAAGGGGUAUUAUGGUGGAAGAUUCCCUCCUUGGAUGGUAGAGAUGCCCAAUCUAACAGAGUUGGAAUUGAAAGGAUGUAAAUCAUGUAAAGUUAUCCCAUUCAGUCAACUUGGAGCUCUACCCAUGCUUAAGAUUUUGACGAUAGGUGAAAUGGAUAAUUGGGAAGGAGAAUGGUCAUCACCAGCACCACAAUUUCCUCGUCCAUGGUCACUUUAUAAAUACCGUUGUUUUCCUAGUCUAUUGUCACUUCAUAUAUACAGGUGUCCCAAACUAAAAGCAUUUUCAAGUUUCCUUCCCCUUCCUUACUUGCAGUCUCUGCGGAUAGAACAUUGUGAAGGACUGGAAUCCCUACCUAAAGUUGAAGCUGAAGGGAUGUCCAUCAUUUUCCCAUCUCUUAAAUGGUUAAGCAUCGUAGGAUGUCCUCGUCUAAUGGCCUUCUCAAAUGGGGGGUUGCCAAUCCAACUACAGCGACUUGAGAUCAGUGGAUGCGGUGAGGAUGAAAGGGGACUCCUCCCCUACCUAAGGAUGUUGCCUUACAAAACCUUACAUCUCUUCAAACAUUAA